AGAAGAGGGCCCGAACUCGGCUCCGAAGAAGGACUGGAGCUAGGCUCCGAUGACGGCUCUGCGCUCGGUACACUGCUAGGAACCGAUGACGGAGUCGCCGACGGUUCAGAAGACGGCUGGCUCGAUGGCACAGCGGACGAAGGCUCGGACGACGGUUCAGAAGACGGUUGCGCAGACGGCUCGGCUGACGGCAUCGACGACGGAACAGCAGACGGCUCUGCACUGGGUUCUGCUGACGGAGCGCUCGUCGGUGUGGACGAAGGCUGGGCACUCGGUGUCGUCGUAGGAACGAUACUCGGCAUUCCACUGGGACCGCCACUGGGCUCUGCGCUAGGAGACUCACUAGGAGACGCAGACGGUGCCACACUGGGCUCUGAGGACGGAGACAUUGAUGGCUCCGAUGAAGGCAUCGACGACGGCGAAGCACUCGGUACAGAUGAGGGUGCAGCACUUGGCUGGGACGAAGGUACGGAACUUGGCUCGGCCGACGGCUGUGCUGAGGGUACUGCUGAGGGUGUCGCACUGGGCUCCGACGACGGCGCCGAGCUUGGCUCAGAAGAGGGUUCCGAACUCGGCUCCGAAGAAGGACUGGAGCUAGGCUCCGAUGACGGCUCUGCGCUCGGUACACUGCUAGGAACCGAUGACGGAGUCGCCGACGGUGUCGCACUGGGCUCCGACGACGGCGCCGAGCUUGGCUCUGAGGACGGAACGGAGCUCGGUGCAGCAGAGGGCCCAGAACUUGGCUCGGAAGAAGGGCCGGAGCUCGGCUCAGCGGAGGGUGCGUCACUCGGAACACUGCUAGGAACUGACGAGGGAACCGCCGAGGGCUGCGCAGCAGAUGGACUGGAAGAUGGCUCACUCGAAGGUACAGCGGAUGGUUUCGAAGAUGGAAUAUUCGACGGGACCGAAGAUGGUUCCAAUGAGGGUGCUGCGGAAGGCUGCACAGAAGGCUCAGUCGAUGGUACAGAGGAUGGUUCUGUCGAAGGCUCGGCAGAAGGUUCGCUUGAGGGACUCAAUGAGGGAGUUGUAGAA